AUGGCACACAUCCCUCCGGGCCAAGCGAACGGCAAAGACUUGAUCGCCACUGGCGAAGAGGUCGUUGAUGCAUACAAAGAGUCUAUGACGGCCAACGUUGAGCUGGACCCGGACUUCCGGCAGUCGAUGCGCCAAUGGUUCCUGGACAAUGAUGUUGGGUUCACCGAGCAAAUAUACAGCUUCGACGGCGUGAUACCUGGUAGUGGCAAGUUCGUUAUCUCUCAACUGAUUUAG